CCUACCAGCUGGCCGGCGUCAACUGGCUAGUGCAGCACUACCGGCUGCAGCACGGCUGCAUCCUGGGCGACGAGAUGGGGCUGGGGAAAACCUGCCAGACCAUCGCUCUCCUCGUGUACCUGAGAGGGAACUUGAAGAGCAAUGGGCCAUUUCUCAUCCUCUGCCCCCUGUCCGUUCUGGGGAACUGGAAGGAAGAAAUGGAGAGGUUUGCCCCUGGUCUUUCCUGCGUGGCCUACACAGGGGCCAAAGAGGACAGAGCUGGCCUACAACACGAACUGAAACAGGAGGAGUGCUUUCACGUGCUUCUGACCACCUAUGAGGUCUGUCUGAAAGACGCAUCGUUCCUGAAAGCGUUUUCAUGGCAGGCAUUGGUGGUGGACGAGGCUCACCGGCUGAAGAACCAGAGCUCCCUGCUGCAUAAGACCCUCUCCGAGUUCUCCGUGGGCUUCAGCCUCCUGCUGACCGGCACACCCAUCCAGAACAGCUUGCAGGAGCUCUACUCCCUCCUCAGCUUCGUAGAGCCCAGCACCUUCCCCCGGGACCGGCGGGAUGACUUUGUUCAGCGCUAUCGUGGGGUGGAGGAAGACACGGAACCUGCCAGAGAACUGCGUCGCCUCCUGCAGCCCUUCCUGCUACGGAGGGUGAAGGCGGAGGUGGCCCCCGAGCUCCCCAGGAAGGUGGAGCUUGUGCUGUUCCACGGGCUGUCGAACCUGCAGCGGACCGUCUACAGGGCUGUUCUCAUGAAAGACCUGGAUGCUUUUGAACGGGAAAUGGGCAAAAAAGUUAAACUUCAGAACAUCCUAUCACAGCUGCGAAAAUGUGUGGGCCACCCAUACCUGUUUGAGGGGGUGGAGCCGGAGCCCUUCGCCAUUGGAGACCACCUGGUCGAGGCCAGCGGGAAGCUGCACCUGCUGGAUAAGCUGCUGGCAUUCCUCUAUGCCGGGGGCCACCGGGUGCUGCUCUUCUCUCAGAUGACCCGGAUGCUGGACGUCCUCCAGGACUACAUGGACUACCGAGGCUACAGCUACGAGCGUUUGGACGGGUCAGUGAGGGGAGAAGAACGACACCUGGCCAUCAAGAACUUUGGCCAGGAGCCCGUCUUUGUCUUCCUCCUGAGCACCCGAGCAGGUGGAGUGGGCAUGAACCUGACUGCAGCAGAUACAGUGAUUUUCGUGGACAGCGACUUCAACCCUCAGAAUGACCUGCAAGCCACGGCCAGGGUACACCGCAUUGGCCAGAGCAAGCCCGUGAAGAUCAUUCGACUGAUCGGGAGGGACACGGUGGAGGAGAUCAUUUACCGGACGGCGGUGUCCAAGCUGCGUCUCACCAACGCCAUCAUGGAGGGGGGCCACUUCACCCUGGGCCCGCUGGAGGAGCCCGCCCCCUCGGCCAUGCAGCUGAGCGAGAUCCUCAAGUUCGGUUUGGACAAGCUGCUGUCCUCCGAAGAGAGCAGCGGGGAGGAGGCCGACGUUGACCUGCAGAGCAUUCUGGGAGAGUCUGUUGGCGGUUCGUGGGUCGUGGAGGAUGUGCCCUCAGCUGGGGAAGAGAGCCAGGAGUCAGAGGCCGAUAAGCACAUGUACUUGUACGAGGGGAAAGAUUACUCCAAGGAGCCCAGCGUGGAAGACAGGAAGUCAUUUGAACAGCUGCUGGCUCUGCAGAAAUCUCUUCUCACGGAGUCAGGCAGUCCAGCUGGCCCGUCCCUACGCAGCAGAGGCAGUGCUCUUCCCCCGGGGCUGCUGCAGCGAGCACCUAAACGUAAACGCAUCCUGAGCCCGGAGGAGUUGGCCGACAGGCAGAGGAAGCGGCAGGAGGCGGCUGUUAAGAGAGCCAGGAUGCUGGAGGAGAGGAAGAAGGAGAAAGAGGAAGCUGAGUACAAGAGAAAGCUGGCCUGGUGGGAGACCAACCGGUACCACUCCCCCUGCCUGCCUUCGGACGAGAGCGAGGAAGAGGAAGAAGAAGAUGCCGGGGAUCCUGGGACCCCUGACGAGUUCGAAGACGAAGAUCCCGACCAGACCGGCAUCCGCUACGUCAGCGGAGAUGUCACCCACCCGCAGGCCGGGGAAGAGGACGCCAUCAUCGUUCACUGUGUUGAUGACUCCGGCCGCUGGGGCCGGGGCGGCUUGUUCUCGGCCCUGGAAGGCCGGUCGGACCAGCCCAGGAAAACCUACCAAUUGGCUGGAGAGAUGAAGGACCUGGCGCUGGGCAGCGUGCUGCUCUUCCCCAUCAACGACAAGGAGUCCAGGAACUCCGGCCAGGACUUGCUGGCCCUCGUUGUGGCACAGCACCGGGACCGGUCCAACAACCUGUCUGGCAUUAAGAUGGCUGCACUAGAAGCGGGCUUGAAAAAGAUCUACUUGGCUGCCAGGAAAAGGAACGCCAGCGUCCACCUUCCCCGCAUUGGCCAUGCCACUGCGGGCUUCAACUGGUACGGCACGGAGCGUCUCAUCCAGAAACACCUAGCCGCCAGGGAUACUACUUCCCGAGGCGUAGAGGCUCCUCCGCGUCUUCUCAGCCGUCUUCAUAGUUGGCGGGAGCUUUGCCACCGAGAUGGCCUGCGAAGCGCAGCCCUCCCACUCUCCCACCGUUGUCCUCUGAGCCGCUGUGGGGACCGAGGGUUGCGGGGGGAAUCUAGGGAAAGGGGGAGUAGAGUGUGUGCCGGCUCCUGGUUGGCUCAGGUUCCGAAUCGGAACUUUGUUUUCCCAAGUGUGGCCAGCCUGCUUCACCCCAGCGUUGCCGGAAGACAGAGCUUGGAGAGUUGGGAGUCUGGAUGGGCCAGUCGACAGUCUCCUUCCUGAGGUGCAUAAAAUCAUAGUUUUGCUACAUGGA